GAGGUGGUGGUGGUGGUGUCUAUGACGGUCGCUAAGGAAGUCGUUUGGUUUGGAUUUACACAUCAUCAACCAAGCGCUUCCCCAGUGGACAACAUGAUGUUUAUAAUGUGGAAUGUUGAACAGACUUUGUAGCCCUUUAACCCUUCAGGAAUACUUAACCUUUUCCCUGGUUGGGGGAAUGCUUUGGUGUUUUUUGCCGAUUGGUUGCUCAGGGUUUUCCUAAGGCAGUGCAUCCGUUUGCUUGUGUUAAAAAAGUUAUGGUCUAAAGUAUACAAACCCGCCAAACACAUGAUGGCGGAAUCGUAUUCCUUAAAGCCAUGUUCAUCUUUAUACAAUCAUACCUACAUAAUAUUAUUCAUGGUCUUCAGAUGAUAAUCAACCAUUUGGGACCUUUUUGGGAGCAAUAUUGACAUUGCAACAAACAGCCGAUGAUUGACGGAUUGGUUGAUUGAUUUGUUUGCUUCCAGGGCAAUCGAGGCAGGACCGGGGUGGUGGUGGCAGCAUACAUGCACUACAGCAACAUAUCCGCCAGUGCGGACCAAGCUCUGGACCGGUUUGCUAUGAAGAGGUUCUAUGAAGACAAAGUACUCCCUGUCGGCCAGCCGUCACAGAAAAGGUAUGUGCAGUACUUCAGCGGCCUGCUCUCGGGUAACAUCAAAAUCAACAACAAGCCGCUGUUUCUUCACCACGUCAUCAUGCACGGCAUCCCCAACUUUGAGUCGCAAGGAGGUUGUCGUCCUUUCCUCAAAAUAUACCAGGCCAUGCAGCCCGUCUACACAUCUGGAAUAUAUAAUGUUCAAGGGGACAGCCAGACCAGCAUCUGCAUCACUAUUGAGCCGGGACUGCUUCUCAAGGGAGACAUACUGCUGAAGUGCUACCACAAGAGGUACCGCAGCCCGUCCCGCGACGUGGUAUUCCGGGUUCAGUUCCACACAUGCGCCGUCCACGACCUGGGCAUCGUGUUCGGGAAGGAGGAGCUCGACGAGACCUUCAAAGAUGACAGGUUUCCAGAAUAUGGCAAAGUGGAGUUUGUCUUCUCGUUUGGGCCGGAAAAGAUCCAUGGUCAAGGUAUGGAUCGCCUGGAGAAUGGCCCAAGUGUCUCCGUGGACUACAAUACCCAGGAUCCUCUGAUCCGCUGGGACUCCUACGAAAACUUUAAUCAGCACUGUGAGGACAACGCAGAGGAAGUCAUCCACACAGAAGGUCCUUUGGACGGUAGUUUGUACGCCAAGGUCCGCAAGAAGGAGUCUGCCGAGGGUUCGGUGACGGCUAACGGCCUGCCGCCCACCGCCGUCGACCACGCCCUACCCGCCGUCGACCACGCCCUCUCGGUGAGCAGCGACUCGGGAAACUCCACCGCCUCCAUCAAGACCGACCGGACGGAUGAAGCCGCACUAGCGGCCCCGCUCACCGCCCCUCUGAGCCAGACGAACCCGCCCUUCGUCGCAGAGGAGCAGCGCCAGGUCCCGGCAGCGACCCAGCCACCCCUCAGCCUCCAGGAGAAGCAGGAGCUGGACCAGCUGCUGAGCGGGCUGGAGGGCCCCCUGCGCCGGCAGGGCUACCUGACCGCGCCCCCCGCCCAGGCCGCGGGCAGGAUGCUGCACCUGGUGCCCGCCCAGGUGCACGUCAACGGCCACCACAACGCCCUCACCUCAGCCUCCAGCCCGACCACCAACGCCACCGCCGCCGCCGCCACCGCCAACAGCAGCGGCAACAACACCAUGGACCGCGAGACGGACAUCCUGGACGACGAGCUCCCCACCAGCCAGGAGGGGAACAGCGUGGACAGCCUGGGGACCUUCUCCUCCACCGAGGGCCGGGCCACACCCGCCGACCUCUACUACCAGUCGGAGGUGAUCGUGACCAACGGGCAGGACCACGUGCCCUACCUGGAGCGCAGCGUGCCCGAGAGGCCCCUGGAGUCCCCCAGCGUCCACUACGGGAAAGCCGGCGGCAUGACGCAGAGCGAGUCGGUGCCGACCUCCGGCGAGUACCCCAUGGGUCUGAACGGCGGCCUGUACCGCACGCAGUCCUGUGGCGGGGAGCUGAAGUCCAUGCCCAGAGCCCCCACCCGGACCACCAGCAGCAAGGACGCGGUCCAGCGGGGCCUCAACGUGUGGCAGAGGUUCGGCGUGCCGGAGGAGCCCAUGACGGAGGGCCUCAGCUUCAGCCCGCCAAAGGCCUCCACGGCCGGCCAGAGCAGCCUGUCCCAGUUCCCCCAGCGCCGCAGCACCUCGCAGCAGGAGAUCGAGCAGUCCAUCGAGACCCUCAACCUCCUCAUGCUGGACCUGGACCCGGGCCGCCCUGCGGUGCCAAAGUCCCAGAGCGCCCCGCUGAGGGAGGCCAGCGUGGUCACCACCCAGCCCUCCUUCUCCCAGAGCCAGGCCCGGCCCUCCUACCAGGCCGACGCCGCCAUCCACGCCAACCAUCCCGCCCACUCCGCCGGCCCCGUGUCCGACAUGAGCCGCCACUUCGCCUCCCCGCCGGGCUCGUCCCACGGCCCCGGGUUCCAGGGCUACGCGACCCUUCCCAACGGGACGGGGCUACAGCCGCAGGCCUCCAGCGGUGGAGUGGGGCAUUUCCAGCUGAAGCCCAUCAACAACUACCCUCCCAGCACCAUGGCCCUGGCCACGGAGGCCCCGGAGAUGGAGAGGAGCCCCAGCGCAGCCUCUGCGUCAUCCCAGCCCAGAGAGGCGGAUUCGGAUGAGGUGUUCAAUGUAGAGGGCCUGGUGGCCCAGCGGGUGGCUGAGUACUCGGCUCGGGCACAAAGUGUCCGAAAGAUUUCCCUUCAGUCUGACCACCAACGUUCCCAGUCUCCCUCUGGUGUCCAGUCUCGGGGGAUUUCGUUUGAGGACCCCACCGCCCCGUCGCCGCGCCACCGGGUGCCCAGCGACGGAGGGCAGUUCCAGAACGUUCCGGACGGCAGCGUUGACGCCACCUGCCCUGACGGACCCCUUCGCUCGCCCAUCCGCUGCGUCUCGCCAGAGUUUGUUAACGCCAUCGCUUUGAACCCCGGCGGGAGACCCAAGGAGAGGCACAUCCACAGCUACCGGGAGGCCUUCGAGGAGCUGGAGGCGGGGGGGCCCGUGAGCCCCUCCCCCCUUGCUGGUGGUGAGGUCUUCCCCCAAACCCCUGCAUUCCCUGUGUCGCCGCAAACCCCUUACUUCAACCUGUGUCGCUCGCCCCCUGGUCUCGCCAAGACCCCGCUGUCCGCACUGGGGCUCAAACCACACAACCCGGCUGAGAUCCUGCUCAACCAAACCGGCUCAGAGGAUGAGAGCGAUCAGGGUGAGGAAGCCCCGAGAAGUUACGUGGAGUCUGUGGCCCGUUCAGCGUCCUCCUCCGGAGACCCCCCAGGUCCCAGCUCCCCCCAGGGUCUCUGCCCACUGGGAGAGGCUGUGCUGGGCAGCCAGAGGACCCCCAGCCCGCUGUCCACCCAGGCCCUCAACACCCCUCUGUCCAGCAGUAGCCCCAUCCAGAUCUCCAGUGAUCAUCCGUUGAUGGACAGCUCCAGCAGCCUUCCCUUCCAGCCCACUACUGACUCGGGCUACCACUCCCAGCCAAUGGAGAGCCUCCGUCCCACCCCUAGUUCCUCCUACCAGGCUAUGCCCACCCCCCAAUACCAAGCCACGCCCACUUCCCAAUACCAAGGUACGCCCACUUCCCAAUACCAAGCCACGCCCACUUCCCAAUACCAAGGCACGCCCACUUCCCAAUACCAAGCCACGCCCACUUCCCAAUACCAAGGCAUGCCCACUUCCCAAUACCAAGUCCCGCCCACUUCCCCUUACCAGGCUAUGCCGAGCUCUUACCAGCCAACGCCCACACCCUGCUACCAGGUCACCACCACCCCCUCCUACCAACCCAUGCCCCCCUCCUCCUGCUACCAGGGCACUCCCACCCCCGCCUCCUACCUGGACUCCAGCACCCCGCCCUCCUCCUCUUACCUGGUUGGCCCCGCCCCCGCCCUCUCCUACCUCGGCCACCCCAGCAGCCACCUGGUCGGGGGAGGCUAUGUCCUGUCGGACCCCGGUCCCCCCUCCCAGGACCCGAUGCAGGCCCUCCUCCACGGGGGCCACGCCCCGGCCCCUCAUCCCACGCUGUAUUCCCCGGGCUCUGCCCACCAGCAGCACGGCCCCUCCUCCUCCGCCCUGGCCGCCGCCGCCCAGGGCAGCCCCCACCUGGGUCGGCAACCGUUGCCGUGCAGUGGCUUCGAGGCCCCAGGGCUCCAAGGGCCCCUGGGUCCGGGGGGGGGCAGUCCCGUCCUUGCCCGGCGCCCGUCCCAGGGCGGCCAGAGCAGCCCGGCGCUGAUCCGCCAGAGCUCUCUGGGGCCCGGCUCCCAGAGGAGCCCCGUUCUGAGCCGCCAGCCAGGCGCCGCCGCCGCCCACCAGGGCAGUCCCGUCCUGCCCCGCCACGCCUCGGCCUCGCAGGCCUCCCAGCGGAGCCCCAGCCUGGACCGCCACCCGCUGCACAGCGGCUACACCACGCCCGACGAGCGGCACGGCAACCUGUCCCGGCAGAGCAGCUCCUCGGGCUACCAGGGCCCCCCCACGCCCUCCUUCCCCGUGUCCCCCGCCGGCUACCUGGACGGGGGCGCCCUGGGGGGCUUCCGGCAGGGCAGCCCCGCGCCGGGCUUCCAGCCCCAGCUGCCCGAGAAGAGGCGCAUGUCCAGCGGGGAGCGGCCGGCCAACGGAGCGCUGUCGUACGGCACGCUCAACGGCAAGAUGUCCUCCUCGUCUUCCUCGCCGCUGUCCGGCGGAGGGGGGACGCCCGGAUACUUCCACACCCUGCCCGACUUCUCCAAGUUCAACAUGCCUGACGGGAGUCCUGAGUCUCGGCUGAACGUCAAGUUCGUACAGGACACGUCCAAGUUUUGGUACAAGCCGGAGAUAUCCAGAGAACAAGCCAUCUGUCUGCUGAAGGAGAGGGAGCCGGGCGCCUUUGUGAUCCGGGACAGCCACUCCUUCCGGGGGGCCUACGGUCUGGCCAUGAAAGUGGCCUCCCCCCCGCCCACCGUGCAGCCCACCAAGAAAGCAGGUGACAUCACCAAUGAGCUGGUGAGACACUUCCUGAUAGAGAGCAGCCCCAAAGGAGUGAAGCUGAAGGGAUGUCCCAAUGAACCCUUCUUUGGCUGUCUGUCUGCGCUGGUCUACCAACAUGCCAUCACACCCCUGGCCCUGCCAUGCAAGCUGCUGAUCCCCACCACAGAUCUCAAUGAGGAGGCGCCGGUGGUUCCCGUGGCGACAAACCCACUAGCCGAGCGACUAAAACAAGGAGCAGUUCCUUCAGUGCAGAGGGUCCCUGAUGAUUCCCAUGCAUGCAAUGUGCUCUACAUCAACUCAGUAGACAUGGAGUCUCUGACAGGCCCUCAGGCCGUUGCCAAGGCGAUAUCCGAGACACUGGCUGCUGGGACGCCCCCUACCGCAACAGUGGUGCACUUCAAGGUGUCGGCGCAAGGCAUCACUCUGACCGACAACCAGAGGAAGCUAUUCUUCCGACGUCACUACCCGACCAACAGCGUGACAUUCUGUGACAUCGACCCACAGGACAGAAAGUGGAACAAAUCGGAAGGAGGCACAGCAAAGCUCUUCGGCUUUGUGGCCAGGAAGCAGGGCAGCACGACGGACAACGUCAGCCACCUCUUCGCCGAGAUGGACCCGGAGCAGCCCGCCAACGCCAUCGUCAACUUCGUGCUGAAGAUGAUCGCCGCGCAGAAGCGAUGAGGGCGGCGAGAAAAAAAAACCCUGGCGCCUUUUUCUUUCACCCUUUGGUUGUUUCGGUUCUCAUCGUUCUUCAAAAAGUUUCAAAGAACACUUCUGUUUGAAUUUGGACUUUCUGGACCUUUCAACGUUUGUUUGUGUCUGCUUUCUUUCCUUUUUUCCCUUUUUUUUCCCUUUCUUUCUUUUGUGUUACGUAAAGGCUGAUGUGUGAGUCUGUGCACGUGGACAUGAUUGUGUGUUGAGCACAGUGUGUGCUUGACUGUUGAGCAGGCAAUAAGAGGUGUGUUUUGUUUCUUCGUUCUAUUGAGAACCUCAACAGGUUGUGUCUGUGUGUGUGUUUGCGCGUGUGUGAGUGUCUGUGCGCGUUGGUCUGUGUGCUUUUCUUCUUGAGUGGACCUCAGAAUGGAACAGAGGAAGUGCAGAAUGGGGGCGUGGCUGAAAGUAAGGGGUUGGGGGGGGACUGUUCUGUCCUCCUGUUGCCGGGGGCGAUACACGAUCAGGAAGAGGAAAUGACAUCACGUGAGCAGAUGUUUUGUGGCGAUUGUUUUAGGGAGAUACAUUUUUUUGUUUUGUUAGGUUUUUGGGUAAAGAAUAUGACAAGUUGCGUGAUGUAAGGGUGGUUUCCUAAUCUAUCAGGCUUUCGACUGGUCAACCAAAGAUUAAAAAGAAAAAGAAACCAGGUUGAAUAUAGUGUUCCACUGUUCGAGGGUUGGAAAACAUCCUUUUGUAUAAAAAAAGACAAAAUAUGGCUGCUUAAUCAAAUUUACUGAACUGUUUAUUUUUGUCUGUGUAGCGAUACAGUAGGUCAACCUAGUUUGAAAAGAAGAAGAAAAAAAAAAUAUGCACCUUUGCCUCCUGCAAACAUGUUUAAGGACGCUUUUGCAUAAGGCAAGGUCAUGUACAUAUUCUCGACAGCUUUCCCAGUAGUUCUGUAUUAGAUGCCUUAUGGUGCCUGACCUUUUUUUUUUAACAAUGAGCUUUGUAAAGAAAAUAAGACAAUAAAAAAACGAACAGAUCUCUUAUAUAUGCAACUAAACGGAAUGAGGAUUUCCCGAAGUUAUUUCUAUAUAGCCACGUAGCGUCGCUAGGUAAGCGUAUGUUCUGUCCCACAAUGCAAAUAAUCCGCUCAACCGUAGUCCUUAUUUUGCAGUUUGUUUUCGUUUUCCGUACUUGUAUUCGUGUAAAUUAUCGCGAGAAUGUCAUCCAAUCAUCGUGUCCAAGCAACUCUCGAUCGCUUUGAUUGGCGAAAACUACGAAAAUCUCCUUAAGGGCGCCGAUCUUUGCGCUCGCCACUCCAUCCCCCGUCUGCACGGCACCGCAUAGCCACACUGUCCGUUUAUCCACCGUUAGAAGGGCUAAAAGGGUCUUUUGAGAUGCGAAUCUUCACAUAAAAGGCUUGCACUAGUAUCGCACUCUACAUUUUCAUUUUCCGAGAAAAAAAAUCAAAUAGAAUAUACACAAAUAGGAAGAAGCUAUUAUCACUGUGCAUCUGACUUUAAAACAGUUAACUCUCACCUCCUACCCGGAAGUAAGCUAAACAUAUAAAUAUACGUAUUAAAAGCUAUAUUAAACUUUCAAAUGUUGACUAAAAGUAUUUAUUUUUUUUGCAAUGUUGCUCUAUGUUAACCUGUAUACAUGUAUUAUAUAGUAUGCAUCAAGAUUACUGAAAGCAAGGAAAAAAAUAUCUUUAUUUUGGCUAAAAAACACAACUUUAAACUGCCUUGAAAUAUAUAUGAUGUAAAGUGUGUGCAUUUUAAAGAGUGUCACUGUUUGUUUUGAAUAUGUUUUUUCACAGCGUUAUGAUAUUAUGCUUAAUUUGUUUUCACCGUCAAGAAAGCUUCUUUGACAGGAGAUGAGUGCUUUGUAUGAAAGUUUGUUUUGAAAAUCGGUCCCUGACGCCAAUACAAAUUUGAAUCCAACUUCAACCGAGUUUUACAAAAUACGCAAUCUAAAGUAAGCACUUAAAUGUUGACAUUUCUAUUCAUAUUCGCAGAACACAGCAUCAAAAUAUCAUUUGAGAUUGCAUGGUGUUUAUAGCAUGUGUAGAAGAUGAAACAAUGCUUUCCUUCUGCACAUCUCCCCGUCCUAAGUAUUGUGUGCAGAAGAAAAGGGGCAUUUAUCUUACUUUGCCACUUCUGCCCUCGUGUGGUAAAAAAGGGCCAUCACAAAAGAUCCUGUCUUAUUCGGAUACAGUGUUUUAACUGUGAUUCAGUCCAUUUUAUUUCGAACUUGCAAAUCACUUUGCUUGUUGAUUUUUAUUUUUUUGUGUUUUAUUUUAGUCCCAGGAAGGUUAAGACAUCAUGGACGUUACUGUGUUUGACCGCUUUAUAGAUUCAAGUUUGAAGCAAGGCGUAGCUACUGAGAUAUGGCCAAAAAUCUAGGACGAUCCUAACCAGAAAAAUAAAGAAUAUCAAAAUAAAUAUUAAAACGAAAACACAAAAUGAACAAACAAAGCACUUAUGGGCGCAUUUUUUUUUUAACAUGACUACAAUGUGUCCUAAGAUAGAGGCUGCAUGCUCAAGCUUGGCGGCACUAAUCUCUACUUCAUUGUGUUCUUCAAAAUAAAAGCUAUCAUGUCUAGCAGGAUGUUGGUUUGAAGUGUUACUUGUCUAGUCUACAUUUCUGUGUCAGGACAAGGACCAGAUACAUGUAAGAUGAGUCUACGUAUCUUCAGAAAAACAAAAAGACUCUCUCUGCCACAAUUGAAUGUUUGCGUUUGUCUUUUAUUUUCUUUAUUUUGUUUUAACUUUUUGCCAAGAAGGAAACUCCAGUAGUGUCUGGACUAAGAAUGUGUGUAAAUGAGCUACGAUGCCUGUACAGAGCAGUGUAUUUUUUUGGUUUGCUAUAUUGUAUGGCUUUUACUAUUUCUGAAAAAAAGAAAUAAAAAACACAUUAAAAAGCAAUACAAAUCACAACAAA